AAGAGCCCAAUUAAAUCCAUAUUAUCAGUGCCGAAUUGCCAAACUGCCAUCUUCUUGGCAUAUUCCAUGUGAAUCGUUAGCCUAUGGGACGAAGCACAGGUCCAGAGCGGGAUGACGUAGUAGCAUCAUGAAUUCAGCCACACCUCUGACAGCAUUGAUUCGUGUUUAGAGGAGCCAAUAUUGCUCUUGGCCUUGGAAUGGAAGUUAUCUUAGGCCGCCAAACGUCGCUUAUAUAUCCUGCGUUGGCUGCUCAUUGCAUCCAUCCCAGCCACAUUUGAACUGCCCUCCAAACUUGCUGACUCUCUACCAUAUUACAAUACUGCCCAACUUUUUCGACCAGUUUAGUACGGACAUAUAUUUUUUGUUCCUCAAACACCGAACCAAUCUCACAUAACUAUGGAGUCUGUCAAAAAGACAUAUAAUGACCAGUACGAGAAGUGGGUACCUUGGCUCGAGGACAUGUUUCUGAGUUAUUUUACCAAGGAUAACAAGGCAAGUUACACGGCCAAGGAUAACCUGUCCAAGACAAAGGUUACGGGUGUGAAGCAGGUCGAUACCCUCCAAGACGGCAUCAACAACACGGUCGGCGACCAGCUAGGACAAGAUGGUCUGGCACGUCCUGUCGGUGACAUAGUGUCCAAGGAGGGCCUUAACCGCUUUGAGCGCAAGGGCAAGGGCGAGGACGGCAACUACGACGCCACAGGUGUGACUGGGAAGUUGUCGGAGGGUGGAAGUGCUGUCGCGGGCGGUGUCGUAGACGGUGGAAAGGCUGUUGGCAGCGCAGUCGGAGGUCUUUUGGGUGGCGGUAAUGCGAAGAAGGUGGACCAGCAAUAGAGGAUGGUAAUGCCGUGGGGCAUGUUUUCUCUGCUGUUCCCCCACAGAGGGUAGAUAUGCUGAACCUACCCUAUCGUCGUCUUCAAUUUGUUGAUUAUUUGGGGCAGGGGGAUAACGAGUAUGCUGUAAUAUAAUGCAAAUAAUGAAAGGAUACCCCACGCAAAGAAUAGUGCCCG